AUGCCGCCUCCGCCCCCAAACCCACCCCUCGCCUUCACGACAGACGCCUCGCUGCCGUCCAUCUACACGACACCUCUGUCCCGGUCCUCCUCCCCGCCAUCGCCACGUCUCGUCGUCGGAGCCGCCGUCCUCCACCGCGACGGCAGCGCCAGCCCGCGCAUCCUGCUCGUCCAGCGCAGCGCCCACGAGUUCCUCCCCAACCGCUGGGAGCUGCCCGGCGGCAGCGCCGACCUGGUCCACGACGCCUCCCUCGCCGCCGGCGCCGCGCGCGAGCUGUACGAGGAGACGGGUCUGCGCGCGCGCCACGUCGCCUCGCUCCUCGGGAGCUACGCGUGGCUCGAUCACGGGAGGCCGUGGGUCAAGCAUUCGUUUCUCGUCGAGGUGGAGGGAGGGGGCGCGCAGGCACCGCCCCAGGUCCGGCUGGAUCCCGAAGAGCACCAGGACCACGUCUGGGCGACGGAGGAGGACGUUAGGGUAGAUCACGUCGGGGAACGCAAGCUCGCGUGGACGAGCGAGGACCAAAAAGCUGACGUGCUGAGGGCAUUCGCAACGGACAAGGAUGUGUCGUCGUCUUCGUGA